UUCUUUUCUGGUAUGUGCUGAGAAGUGUGUGCACCCUUCACGUGGGAGUGCCCUCAGGGCACUGAAUAUCUUUGUUGUAGCAGAGCUGAUUUAGGGUGGUUGCUUCACGUUUUGGUGUAUCCUGUCUGCCUGUCCUCCUGAGCUCUUCUGGCUCUCAGAGUGUAACUGUACUCCAUGCUGGCAGUGCCACGCGUGGUGGCAUUGCUGACUCCCUCUCUGGAGGCCAGCCAGGAGCAGGCAGUUCUGUGCAGGGUCUGAGACAAAUCGGUACAAACGGACAUGCAACACCCAACUCCGCUUUUCCCUCACCUGUACUGCCUGGUAAAUCUGGAAAAGGAGCUUUCUGUCUUGCUUUCCUGCAUGUUUCUGCUGGUUUUACUGUGUGAGAGAUCUUUGCCAUAUGUAUGAUUGCUUUGUAAUUUGUAGUUGCUCAAAGGGAGCUGCAGAUUAUAUUGCUGUUGGGGAUUUUUAAAGGCAAAAGAUUUUUGCUUAAUUGCGUUAUGAGCCUGGUUAAAAUGGAAAGCAUAACCGUGUUGUAUUUAUUCCUGUCCUGCCAUGACAGCCCAGAGCUGUAACACACCCGUGUUAUGCUUGAAAGAAUUUUCCUCAUUUGCAUGUGGUGUUGACUUAAACUUUUAACACAAAAUGGAAGUGUUCUGUUGUAGUUACAUUCUUCUGCAAGUGCUUUCUCCAAGUGUGCCCUGUGAAUCUGAUGUGGUUUAGAUUUAUAGCAGUGCUGAGUGUGUUCACUGCCUCCGUCAGCUGCGAGAGCUUUCCCGCUGGGGCCGCUCCUCCCUGAUGGAAAAGGAGCAGCUGGGAAGGUGCUGUUUCAGGCUCUUGCUGGCAUUACAAAAAAAAAAAAAAAAAAAGGAAAAAACAAACUCCUCACACACACUUACAUUGGAGAGGGGGAACCAGGCCACGUGACUCCCACCAUCCUACCCUAUGUCACCGUGUGUGUAAGAGCGCUGACUGCUCCUGCCCAAUCAUGCCUGGAAUGCCGCUUGCCACUUGGGCUAUUUCUGCUAUCUGUCGCUCCCAGGGCUGCAGUGCUAACCGUUUGGCAGAUGGGACACUUUUUCUUGGAGUUCAUGUCUUUGGUUUUUAACUUCUGGCAGUGCCUGAAUUGUUGCUGUUCUCCCUCUCCUUUUCUCCUCUCUGUAAAACCAUGGCCCAUCGGCUACGGUUUCAUUUUGGUUCUGGGAGAAGCAACACAGCCCCCGAAUCGGAGAUCCUCGCCCGGGAGAGAGAAGAUGACUUUUUCAUGGCAUUCCACACCUUGCCAAGAAGAAGCAGCCCUCACGCCUUCUUGCGGCACGGAGCAGAGGAUGGCAGCAAUGGAGGUUUGCACGAAGCGGGCGCCUUGAAGAGGAGCACAUCCAUGUUUAUCCCGCAGCUGCUGAACGGCGUGGACGCGCGCCCCACCAGGAGCUCGUCCAUGCAGAUCUCGCUGCAGCGCAAGGCUGCCGACGGCUGCGCCGACGAGAGCGCGGCCCCGGACUCUCCGGAGGAGACGCUCCCCUGGAAAUUCUCAGACUUCAGGGAGCGUUACGCAUCCCCCGCUGAAAAGCGCUCUUCUCCAAGUGCUCCACAGACCCGAGACGACUUCCUGGGCCAGGUGGAUGUGCCGCUCAGUCACCUCCCGACUGAAGACCCAACCAUGGAGAGGCCGUACACAUUUAAGGAUUUCCUCCUCAGACCAAGAAGCCACAAAUCUCGUGUGAAGGGUUUCUUGAGACUGAAGAUGGCGUAUAUGCCCAAAAAUGGUGGCCAAGAGGAAGAAAAUAGUGAUCAGAGGGAUGACUCUGAGCACGGCUGGGACGUGGUGGAUUCCAGCGAUGCCGCGUCUCGUCAGGAGGAGCUGCCGCCUCCUCCACUGCCCCCUGGCUGGGAGGAGAAGGUGGACAACCUGGGGAGAACCUACUACGUGAACCACAACAACAGGAGCACCCAGUGGCACCGGCCCAGCCUCAUCGACGUGGGCUCGGAGUCAGAUAACAAUAUCAGACAGAUAAACCAAGAGGCAGCUCACAGGCGCUUCCGCUCUCGGCGCCACAUCAGCGAGGAUUUGGAGCCAGAGCCUGUGGAGAGUGGAGACAUUCCUGAGCCUUGGGAAACCAUUUCAGAGGAGGCAAGUGCCAGUGGGGAUUCCUUGAGCUUGUCACUGCCACCUCCUCCUGCAUCUCCGGUGUCCCGGACCAGUCCUCAGGAGCUGUCUGAGGAGCUGAGCAGAAGACUCCAGGUCACUCCUGAUUCCAAUGGGGAACAACUCGGCUCUUUGAUUCAAAGAGAACCUUCCUCACGACUGAGGUCCUGCAGUGUGACAGACGCAGUCGCUGAGCAGUCCCAGUUAUCCCUGCAGAAUGGUCCCUCUAGGAGAGCUCGUUCUUCAACUGUCACAGGGGGAGAGGAGCCAACGCCUUCUGUGGCUUACGUGCACACCACGCCGGGCUUGCCUUCAGGCUGGGAGGAGCGCAAGGACGCCAAGGGCCGGACCUACUACGUCAACCACAACAACCGGACCACAACGUGGACACGGCCCAUCAUGCAGCUCGCCGAGGACGGCAUGGUGGGGCCGGGCACGAGCAGCAGCAACCACCUGAGCGAGCCGCAGAUCCGGCGGCCCCGCAGCCUGAGCUCGCCCACCGUCACCCUGUCAGCGCCGCUCGAGGGCAUGAAGGACUCUCCGGUGCGCAGGGCGGUGAAGGACACCCUGUCCAACCCCCAGUCCCCACAGCCGUCCCCCUACAACUCCCCCAAGCCCCAGCACAAGGGGGCGCAGAGCUUCCUGCCCCCGGGCUGGGAGAUGCGCAUCGCCCCGAACGGCCGCCCCUUCUUCAUCGACCACAACACCAAGACCACCACCUGGGAGGAUCCACGACUGAAGUUUCCGGUGCAUUUGAGAUCCAAAGCGUCUCUGAACCCCAACGAUUUGGGCCCUCUUCCUCCUGGCUGGGAGGAAAGAAUACACCUGGAUGGAAGAACAUUUUAUAUAGACCAUAGAAGCCAGGUGUUGAUAUGUGGAGACAUUGAUACCAGAGACUUAGUGCCCUCCUACGAUAAUAAAAUUACCCAGUGGGAAGACCCCAGACUGCAGAACCCAGCAAUCACAGGCCCAGCGGUGCCGUACUCCAGGGAGUUCAAGCAGAAAUACGACUAUUUCCGCAAGAAGCUAAAGAAACCUGCUGACAUACCCAACAGAUUUGAGAUGAAAUUACACAGAAAUAACAUUUUUGAGGAGUCCUACAGAAGAAUCAUGUCUGUGAAGAGACCUGAUGUACUAAAAGCCAGGCUCUGGAUUGAAUUUGAGUCAGAAAAAGGACUUGACUAUGGAGGUGUGGCCAGAGAAUGGUUUUUUCUCUUGUCCAAGGAGAUGUUUAACCCUUACUAUGGUCUCUUUGAAUACUCAGCAACGGACAACUAUACACUUCAGAUUAAUCCUAAUUCAGGUCUCUGUAACGAAGACCAUCUGUCGUACUUCACGUUCAUUGGCCGGGUGGCCGGCCUGGCCGUGUACCACGGGAAGCUGCUGGACGGCUUCUUCAUCAGACCUUUCUACAAGAUGAUGCUGGGCAAGCCCAUAACGCUGAAGGACAUGGAAUCAGUGGAUAGUGAAUACUACAACUCUCUGAAGUGGAUCCUGGAAAAUGACCCUACAGAGCUGGAUCUCAUGUUCUGCAUAGACGAGGAAAACUUUGGACAGACAUAUCAAGUGGACCUGAAACCCAAUGGGUCCGAAAUCAUGGUAACAAAUGAAAACAAGAGGGAAUACAUUGACCUGGUCAUCCAGUGGCGGUUUGUCAACAGAGUGCAGAAACAAAUGAAUGCCUUUCUGGAGGGAUUCACAGAGCUGCUUCCAAUUGAUCUGAUUAAAAUUUUUGAUGAAAAUGAACUGGAGUUACUGAUGUGUGGCCUUGGCGAUGUGGAUGUCAAUGACUGGAGACAACACACCAUCUACAAAAAUGGUUACUGCCCAAAUCAUCCUGUUAUCCAGUGGUUCUGGAAGGCUGUUCUGCUGAUGGAUGCUGAGAAACGGAUCCGGCUCCUGCAGUUUGUGACCGGGACGUCACGCGUGCCUAUGAACGGAUUUGCUGAACUUUACGGUUCAAAUGGUCCUCAGCUGUUUACAAUAGAGCAGUGGGGAAGUCCUGAUAAGCUGCCCCGGGCUCACACCUGCUUUAACCGCCUAGACUUACCUCUGUAUGAAACUUUCGAGGACCUGCGGGAGAAGCUCCUCAUGGCUGUGGAGAAUGCCCAAGGGUUUGAAGGGGUGGAUUAACUUGGCAGCAGCCAUUCCCUCUCCAAGCACGUUCUGCUGGCGUUGGCACCUGCCCGAGGGACUCGAGGGCUUGUGGCACAGCAGUUGCCCGGCGCUGGCUCUGGAGCAGAGCCCGGCAAGCGCGGGGGCUGAGCCCUGAGGCUGGGGCUGGCACCUGGGGUGGCCUUGCUGAUGUUCCCGCACCAGUUGUGAACUGAUCACACUUCAGCAGGACUUGCUCUAUUUAUGUUGUGCCUCUGUAGGCAAAGCCCUUAAUAAAUAUUUUACACAAUUUCUAA